GCAUUUGUUUCUCUUUCUGCCUCGCCUCGCGCUACCAUGAUUACUCGCCGCCUUCUCUCUUCGUGGCCGCGCCACUGCCGGACGGUGGCUCCGGCGAGUGGGCACCGCACCUUCUCGGCGGAUGUGUCACCCGAGUAUGCUCGCCGAAACUACGCUGGCAAUCUCUCCGAAUACAACACUGUCAUCUCCUCUCUCAUCUCUCAGCGCAGGAGCUUCUUGCUCCGGGAUGUGUACGACGACAUGAUGCUUGACGGCGUGCAGCCCGUCCGGGAUACCUUUCACUCGCUCAUCGUUGGGUGCAUGAAGGGUAGCCGCCUUCAAGAUGCUUUCUUUUUUCGUGAUGAGAUGAUGGCAAUGGGCCUUCCACCCGAUGUCAAUCUGUAUAAUUUCUUGAUCUCAACCUGUGGGAAAUGCAAGAGUUCUGAUGCAGCGAUCAAACUUUUGGAAGAGAUGAAGAGACAUGGUGUAAAACUUAAGGGGGAAACGUACAUUUGCCUUCUCAACGCUUGUGCAGCAACGGGCCGAACAGAUUUAGUGCUAACACUAGUUCGGGAUAUGGCUGCUGUCGGUCUGAAUAAGUUCUGUUAUGCUGGACUCAUAACUGCAUACAAGAACAAAUUACCGACUACAGAGGAAACAUUUGCAAAAAUUAUUGAGUAUGUCCAAGCAUCCAAAGGGUGGUCAUCUGUUGAAGCCUCGACUGAGAGCGGAGAAAAUGUCAUGAUGAAUGUUUCAUUGGAAGAAUUGUACAACAUCCCAACUGCAGAGUAUGUGCAUAGGCGUGCGUUUGUAAACAGACAGCUCACAGUAUAUCAUGUUGCUUUACACGCUUGUGCUGAACUAAAGAACAAGGAGACAAUGGAAACUCUUCUUGAUAUGCUAAAGACAGAUGGUUACACUUUUGAUGCUUUCAUUGCGAUGCAAGCUAUGAGGUGUUACUUACACUGUGGUGAUAUUGAUUCUGGAGUUAAAAUCUUUGAGGAGUACUCAAGCUCAAAACCACCAACAGCUGAGUUGUUUGUGACCCUAGCUGAAGGAGCGAUGGUUGGAUAUACUCCUAAAGGGAUGCAACUUGCUCAAGAGACACUGGAAAAAAUGAAUGCUAGAGGAAUUUUCUUGAAUGCAAGGAUGGGUAGUGAUCUCCUUCUUGCAGCAGCUGGAGAAAAGAUGGGUGGAUAUACUACUGCAAAUUACGUAUGGGAUCUAUUGCAAAGUCGAAAAAUCAAUCCUUCUCUUCCUGCUGUUGAGGCCUAUUACAAGGGUUUAAAGCAACGGGAGAUACCAUCAGACGACCCACGACUUGUGCUGGUUGGGCGCACAUAUGAUAACCUUUCCAUUCGAUCUGCCCGAAGAAAUGAGUAAGUAUUCUGCCAGUCGUGCGUCCUGGCUUUUAAACCAACGCUCUCCUUAGUUGAAUACAUCCAAGGCAAAAUAAAAUGCCCCAAUGUUGAUCCUUCUAUCCAUUAAUUUAUUGAUUAUGGUGAUGUUCUGGUUCACAAAUUAGCAUCUGGUUAUCUGAAAAUCAAACAAAAUCUGAAGUAUGUAUGUUUUCCGGCCAUUUAUGUCAAGUUGUAAUCCACUGAUCCAUGUCAACAUUUGAACUCAA